AUGGCUUCCACUUCCGUAGAUCCUCGCUCUUAUGUAGAUUUUGAGCCACGAAUAGAAUGGUUUAAGGGAAAGGAAAGUGACACAAUUAUUGUUGAUGUUUCAGGAUUCAAGAAGGAACAACUGAAAGUUCUGAUAAACUCAGCAGGAAACCUCAAGAUCAGCGGCGAGCGGCCUAUUGAAGGAAGCCAUUGGAGUCGAUUUCUUCGAAGCUUCACCAUCCCAAAGAACAGGAACAUGAGAGGAAUCCAAGCCAAGUUUGAUGGAGAUGAAGGUCUUCUUUAUGUCAUUUUGCCAAUUUCAAUUACAACCCCUGAGUUCAUUCCAACAAUACCAACAAAACCUCAAGACUCUUCAACUGUCACAAGUACUCAACAAGAAGCCUCUUCUCUUGGCAAGAAGGAAGUUCCAAAGAUGCAGGAGAAAGUGGAAGAGAAAGACAGAAUUUCAGGUGAAAAUACUACUGAAGAUUAUACAGAGGAUAAAGCCGCUAUAGGAAGUGCAAGGAAAGGAUCAGCAGCUGUUGCUGUUGCUUCUGUUGUCAACAAGCGUAAGGUGGUCAUACUUUGUGUGAUAUUGGGGGUAAUGGUUUCAUUGGGGCUUGCAAUUUAUUUAAGCUAUAGGCUUAAAGGUCUUUAG